AAAAGACAUGUAAGUUCGAAUCUGAACAUAUAAUGAGAUUUUAAUUUUUUUUCUUAGACAAGUUGCAUCAAAAUUUUCAUUUUAACUGGAUUGAUAAUUGUGUUGGUAUGAACAUUUCGAUUUUAAUGAGUUCCCUGGGAAAAUUGAACGAAAUGAUAUACCGAAAUUCUUAACAGAAAUAGUUGACUUAUGUGCUUUGUAAAUGAAAACCAAUUCAAUUAUUAAAGAGAAUAUUUCAGUGUCGUGAUUUUAUGUGAAAACCAUUGAAGGAUUGGCUGACCGAGAUGACAGUUUACCACUCGGUGACGGGCGAGGCGAAGGGCGACGAUCGAAAGAAACUGCAAGAUUCAACCCGAAAAAGCCGCCAUCAUGACUGCAAUUCAAAUGAUUAUAAAGUAUCUAGUAAUCAUGAUAAAAUAAUUACUCUUAAUUUGCCCGGUCCACAUCUUUCGAAUGACGCUAAAGGAAACAGGAGCGGAAAAAGUCAUCACGUCAACAGGUGUAGGAAGAAUGUCUGUUCUGUUCCUGCAACAGGGGCUGUGUCCAACAGAACUUAUCAUGGUCCAUAUAUUAUAGCCUUCGUGGUCAUUUGUGUGGCACAAGCAGCAUCGAUCUUUUAUUUACACCAUCAGUUAAAUAUCAUGCGCCGAAAUCAUUUUGAAGAACACAGCUCAGUUCAUCAGCAGCUGGCAAGGCUUAUGACGGAGCUGCGGCGUAUCAAAACAGACGAGGCUUACGUCAACUCUUUGAAAAAACUCGAUUCUUUCUAUCAGAAACAAGAGAAUCUCGAUAUUAUUACGGAUGAUGAAGAAUACGAUGCACAUUCUUCCGGGUUUUCUAGCCAUCUUGCAGCUGGAAGUGAGGAUUUAAAAAAUCGGAGAAAAAUUCGCAUCGAGGGGAGAGGCUCGGAUUUUGAGAAUAAACUAUUAAAUUUCGAUUAUUAUUUCGAUUAUAGUGGUGACGAAGAGACACUUGAUGAUUACUUAUUAUUCGACGAAGAAACUAGGGCAGGGGAAGAGCGAAACUUCGUCCCACUGAACAUCGAUCAAAAUAAUGCUGUUUUGGACAAUAAAAAUUCGAGUAAAUUAAACGAAAAGGGAACAUAUAACGACUUGAUACUUAACGUGUCAUCGCUCGACAGGCCAAAGCGAUGGGCAGACUACGACCAAACGCAACGUCGUAGUUUCCGUCGUGCUCGUGAGCGACAAUACGAAGAUCAAUGGCAGUCCUGGCCCGAUACAUCAUCUCAUGGUCGUCGGCGUACGACAUUCAAAGCUGACAACAAAAUUGCCUCUAGAAAAAACGGUAGAAGAAGGCCGGGCAGAGGCGUUUCUCGUAAAGAUAGGGCCGUUUACUCAGACUUCGGCACGUCUUCCGGUAAGUCGUUAAACGAGGCUGACACAAGUGGCUCAUACAGAGCGGUGCGGUUGAGAGGGUUGUUGACGAGGGGACGUGGUCGCAAGGACAACGUCGACUACAGUCCUGUCAUUGAUCCUUCACACGCCACAAACGUAGCCGAGGGACGAGCUUUUAGCUCACCGUAUCGCCACUCAGACAACUUUAUGAGUGGCGUGCAGCGAAGCACCACUCAUGUUGCGAGUGGCCACGAAGGAAGAAGACACGUGACUGUAUCAAAUAUAGACAUGCCUGAUGGUCGUGGGCAUAGUUUAUUAAUCCACAAUACAGCUCCACGCACCAUAAGCGGACCAAAAAUCCCCGAACGUUUGCAUAAUUCACGUAACUUUGUAAACAUUUCACGGAACACGGGGAAUACAAGUACGACGUACGAUACCCAAAGUGACCAAGCAACACAAGAAGAAACGACUGCAGGAGUUUCCUCCUCUCAAGAUGCUCCUGAAGAGGAAGACACUUCAUGGCUGCAGCUCACAUCGUACUCGAAAAUUCCGUACGACGCCAUCGAAGAAUUCUGUACCCGCACGCGGGCAUCUUGCCCGCCGGGCCCCGUGGGUCCCGAGGGACGUGCAGGGGAACGGGGCCGAACGGGCAGCAAGGGAGAGACGGGCCCCACGGGUCCCAAGGGCAGCACGGGCCCCGUUGGACCCCCGGGCCUCACAGGCCAGCGGGGCCCUCCUGGCAUCGAUGGGAAGAAGGGCGACAUGGGCAACACUGGAUUGACAGGUCUGGACGGAAGGGACGGCCUGCCAGGAGAGCCUGGACUGGACGGAAUUCCAGGACGGAAUGGCCUGGACGGAAUUCCUGGCGUGGACGGAAUACCAGGAUUUGACGGUCUGCCCGGACGUGACGGGCGCAACGGGACAGACGGAGCGACAGGCCCACAGGGCAUCCAGGGGGUGACCGGAGACAAGGGGGUGCGGGGGUUGCCGGGCCCGCGGGGCCGCACGGGAGACCCCGGGCUGGCGGGCGCCCCGGGGGUCCCGGGGGUCAACACGUGGAAGGUGAACGGCACCUCCCCCCGCCACCUCCUCAUCCCCCCCGCCCUCCCCGGUCCCGUGACGGGCUGGUCCCCGGGCCCGCUGGUGGUGCGGGAGGGGGACGACGUACGCAUGCGCUGCGAGGCGACGGGCGUCCCGACCCCACGCGUCCACUGGAGACGCGGGGACGGCGCCAGCAUCCCAACGGGUUAUGGAAAAGACGCGGGGGUCACGGGGUCUGUGUUGAACCUGACGCGGGUGCGGCGGGACCACACGGGCGGCUACGAGUGCAUCGCCUACAACGGCGUCCCUCCUGACGCCGUCAGGACCUUCCUGCUGGAGGUGCACUUCGAGCCGUUCAUCCAAGUGAAGGAGUGGAAGGUCGGGGCGUUCAACGGGUCAUCCGCUAGGAUGGAGUGCAGGGUGGAGAGCUUCCCAGCAGCGCUCACCUACUGGGAGAACAAACAUGGACAACUGCUCGAGAACUCCGACAAGUACCGCAUCUACAACGUCCCGCAUACCACCUAUGUUUGGAUGAGGACGCUGGUGUUGCUGCUGACCAACAUCAGCAGUUCAGACUACGGCAACUUCUACUGCAUCGCCAAGAACGAACUGGCGGUCACCCGUGGAGCUGUUGAGCUAUACGAAACCGACCCCCGUCGCUACAAGCCGUCGACGGGCGCGUCUAGCGGCGUGUCGUUCGGUCCCGAGGCCCCGAAUUAUUCAGAGCUUUUCGGGGACCUUUGCCCCCCACAGCCCGUGUGUGAAGCCUGCCCCCCACCGCCGCCACCCGUACACGACUCCGGCUUCCUCUACUGCCUUAAUAUUGGCCAGUUCGGCAACGACACUUACCCUGGCUUCAAAAACAGGAGUCUGGACUGCAAACUUUCAGCAAUUGGCAAACCGGUUUUCAACCGCCACUCGAACAGCGACUACGGAGCCUGGCUACGGGACGUUCGGCCACGUAAGUUCUACGAACCUUACUACUACGCGACCAAACCUUCAGAACCUGAAACUCUGUACGAGUAUGAAAACAAGGAGAAGUUCAGGAAGGAUAACUACACUAAGAACUACACUCUGCCUUUUGCAUUCACGGGCAACUCUCACGUGGUAUACAACGGCGCGUUGUACUACCACGAAAGCAACUCCUCCAACGUCAUCAAAUUUGACUUCAUAGCGAACUCCGUGAAGUUCCAGCCGCUGCCGCUGCUCGCAAGUAGCGGUGACAACUUCUUGUACACGGAGACUAGGAGCUACCUGGACUUGGCUGCUGAUGAGAACGGCAUAUGGGCGAUAUAUGGCAUACCCAGCAACAACAACACUGUCGUCGUCAAGCUCGAGCCUGACACUCUUAACAUCGAGUACAGCUGGAACAUUUCCCUGAACCACCACAAGUUCGGCGAAAUGUUCGUCACUUGCGGCGUCCUGUACGGCAUCGACAGCGCCACGGAACGAGAGACGAAAAUACGGUUCGCCCUGGACUUGUACACGCACCAAGCCCUCGACGUCGACCUCCUCUUCAGCAACCCUUUCAGGAAGACCACGACCCUCGGGUACAACCCUCUGGCUAAGGAGCUCUACUCAUGGGACAGCGGCAACCAGCUGAACUACCCCGUCGUGUACAUCGACAUCGGCUACCACGCCCCCAGCGAGGACCUUGGGGUGCUGGUCGUGCCUGAGCACGACCACGACGUCGAGGUCGUGAGGCGGGAACGGCUGGCGGCCCCGGCAGCCGUUGUGGCCGAGGGCGGCCAAAACGGCCGUGCCUGAGUUUGGUCACGACGUCGAGGUCGUGAGGCGGGAACGGCUGGCGGCCGUUGUGGCCGAGGGAGACGGCCAAAACGGCCGUGCCUGAGCACGGUCACGACGUCGAGGUCGUGAGGCGGGAACGGCUGGCGGCCCCGGCGGCCGUUGUGGCCGGAGAGGGCGGCGGCCAAAACGGCCGUGCCUGAGUACGGUCACGACGUCGAGGUCGUGAGGCGGGAACGGCUGGUGGCCCCGGCGGCCGUUGUGGCCGGAGAGGGCGGCGGCCAAAACGGCCGUGCCUGAGUACGGUCACGACGUCGAGGUCGUGAGGCGGGAACGGCUGGUGGCCCCGGUGGCCGUUGUGGCCGAGGGCGGCGGCCAAAACGGCCGUGCUUGAAUACGGUCACGACUUUGAGGUGACAGUUGCCAACGGCCUGAAUCAUCCAGCGAAUCUCGACUUUAUUUAAUCAAGAAAUCUUUCGCCUUAAAAAUGAUUGAGGAAUUUUUUAAUUUUUUGGGGAAUUCGGUGAAAUAUUUUCCGGUGUUUACUGAAUUAUGCUACACAGUUUCCAAUUUCGAAAGCUACAUUUCUGAUAUUCCCUGUCUUUUAUAUCAAUUCCAAUUAGGUUCUCAUCACAUUAAUUACAAUAUUAAUUAAAAGGCAGCAGAAGAUGAAUAGAUGAAUAUUACAUCGUUGCUAUUUUCUUCAAAAUGCUUACAAGGGAUUAUAGAUAUAUGUAAGAUUUUCAUCAUAAUGAUAAAUACAAGUUAUAAAAUGUGUAAAGAAUAUUUCAAUGAUUUUUAGUAGCUGGUACUGAUGUGUACUCCAUACAUGAUAUUAGUUGCAGAUUACAGUGUGUACUCCAUACAUGAUAUUAGUUACAGAUUACAGUGUGUACUCCAUACAUGAUAUUAGUUACAGAU